CUGCUCUUUCACCCCCUUGCCGGCGUGCCCGGCCCCAAAUCCGCGGCCAUCUCUAGUGUUUGGUAUGCCUACCAUGCACGCAAUGGUCGUAUGCUCCAGUUGGGCAAGACUCUUCACAAGAAGUACGGCCCUAUGGUGAGAGUUGCGCCAAACGAGGUUUGGUUUGACUCGGUUGACGCGUUCAAGCACAUCUACAGAGCUGGAAGUGGCUACGAGAAAUCAGAAUUCUAUCUGUCAACCGCCCUUCAGAGACCCGACAUCACAUUCACCCCUUUCCCGAACUUCACAUCCCCAGAAACACUCGAUCUCCUCUCUGAACGCAACACCGCCCGAUACCGCCUGCAACGUCGACUCAUCGGGCCUCUCUACCAGACCAACCACCUGAAGCGCCACGAACCCGCCCUCGACGCCGUCCUCACGCGCGUCAUCUCCACUCUUCGCGCCCUCGACGGAGCAGAGAUCGACCUCAAAGAAUGGAUGCACAUCAUCGCCGUCGAGUCCCUCUCAGCCGUGGUUCUUUCCUGGUCGCCCAACUACCUCAGGGACAAGACGGACCACUCAUCGAGCAGUCACGGCUACCUAGGCUGGCGCCGCAAGACCGUCUUCGGACUCUUUCCCCUGGCAGUCAAGGCCGAGCUGUUCUCGAAAGCUGCCGGCAGGGCGUUCGCGAACCUCUGGUGCAUCACGUACAAGACGCCCAAGAACUUCAAGCCGUUCUUCACGGGCGUGUACCGCCAGGUCUCCCGGCGAAUCACAUCCUCCUUGGCCAACAAGCCCGUCUCCAAGAACGACCGCAAGGACGACUUCCUCAUAGACCUGAUCCAGCUGCACAAGGACAAGCCAGAGUUCACGGAGACGUACCUCCGGCGGAUGGCCAUCACCAACUUCGGCGCCGGCCACGAGACGAUGUGCUCCGCUCUGACGUCCAUCAUGGCGAUGAUCGGCUCCCAUCGCGAGGUACAGAAGCGGGUUUCCGACGAAGUCCGCUCAGCCGCCCAAGACCCAAAGGCCUACGAUAACGCCGUCCGUCUCGCGUAUACCCAGUCAACUAUCAAAGAGGCCCAGCGCCUGUAUCCAGUGCUGGGAAUGUCGCUGCCCCGCACGGUACCCCCUGAAGGACUGACCGUACACGGCCAGUUCUUCCCAUCUGGGACCACGGUUGGGUGUAACCCUGUGUCUCUGCAUCGGAACAUCUCGAUAUUCGGGACUGACGCGGAGGAAUACAAUCCGGGUCGAUGGCUGGAUGACGAAAGGGAUAUCCGGGCCAUGGAGCGGUUUAAUCUUACAUGGGGAGGGGGCGGAAGGAUGUGUCCCGGGCGGCACCUUGCGGAGUUGGUCGUCUACAAGACCAUCCCGGCCUUGAUGGAACACUUCGACGUUGAGGUGGCGAUGCCGGCAGAGGAGGAUAUAGAGUACUACUUCAUGGCCAUGCUCACUGGCGUGAAAGCUCGAUUCUUGCCAAAGAAAACGGUCAAGAACAGCGAUGCAACUUGCUGA